CUCUCUUAUAAAAUAUAUUAGCAAUCGACUUCUUAGCCCUGUGUCUCUAUCCCUGUAUAUAUGUGUGUCUGAAAAGAGAGAUGGAGUUUCUUCAGCUUUUUAACUUGAGCUUCAUUGUUGUUGUCCUCUACUUGAUCGUUAGACUAUUGAUUUCCUUCUGGAUUUCACCUGCUAGGACUUAUAUGAAGCUUAAAGAAAAUGGGUUUGGAGGUCCAACCCCAAAUUUCCCUCUAGGGAAUAUUGAGGAGAUGAAAAAGAUCAGUACAAGCAGUGUUGCUUCAGCUUCUUCUGGAUCUUUAGGCGCAGUCUCCAAUGAUAUUCACUCUACUGUUUUUCCUUACUUUGCUCAAUGGCAGAUGUCUUACGGGAAGGUGUUCAUAUACUGGUUAGGUACAGAGCCAUUUUUAUACAUAGCAGACCCGGAGUUCCUUAGGAGGAUGUCGACAGGAGUCAUGGGCAAAAGCUGGGGAAAGCCCAAUGUGUUUAAACAUGACAGAAAACCUAUGUUUGGUAAUGGUUUGGUUAUGGCUGAAGGUGAUGACUGGGUUCGUCACCGCCAUAUUAUCACUCCUGCACUCUCACCGGCCACCGUGAAGACUAUGGCAAGCUUAAUGGUGGACUCCAUCACUAAGAUGCUCAACAAGUGGACAAGCCUCCUAAAUUCUGGCUGCCUAGAAAUUGAUGUCGAGAAAGAAAUCAUUGCAAUAGCCGGAGAAAUCAUCGCCAAGACAAGUUUUGGGAUAGGCUACGAAAAUGGAAGACAAGCGUUCAAGAAAUUAAGGGCCAUGCAGAUCACUCUGUUCAAGACUAAUCGUUAUGUGGGGGUGCCAUUCAGUAGAUUAUUCCUGUGCCCUAAGCAAACCCUAGAAGCUAAGAAUCUUGGAAAAGAAAUAGAUGACCUUUUUAUGUCGAUUAUAAAAGAUCGUAGAAAUUCCAAAGGAGGGUAUCCUCAGAAGGACUUGUUAGGUUUAUUGCUAGAAGAGAAUCAUGAGGAGGGGAGGCUAGGGAAGACCUUGACGUUGACAACAAGGGAGCUAGUCGAUGAGUGCAAGACUUUCUUCUUUGGUGGCCAUGAGACCACUGCACUGGCACUUACAUGGACAUUGCUGCUUCUGGCGGUACAUCCAGAGUGGCAAAACCAAUUGAGGGAGGAAAUUACACAAGUUACUGGGAAUAAAGAGAUCGAUUUCUCCAUGCUUGCUGGGCUUAAGAAGAUGAAAUGGGUGAUGGAUGAAGUUUUGAGGCUCUACCCCCCAGCACCUAAUGCACAAAGGCAAAUCAGGGAUGAUAUUACUGUAAAUAAUCUCACCAUCCCUAAGGGAACCAACGUUUGGAUUGAUCUUGUAGGCAUGCACCAUGACCCUAAUCUGUGGGGAGAAGAUGUCAACCAAUUUAAACCUGAGAGGUUCGAUAAUGACUUAUACGGUGGAUGCAACCACAAGAUGGGGUAUUUGCCUUUUGGGUUUGGAGGGAGAAUGUGUAUAGGUAGGCAUUUGUCCACGAUGGAGUAUAAGAUUGUUCUAUCCUUAAUGCUCAGUAGGUUUUCUUUCUCCCUCUCUCCAAAUUAUUCUCAUUCUCCUUCUAUUUUGCUCUCCUUGAGACCAAGGAUUGGCCUGCCUCUCAUAGUUCGCCCCCUGUAGCUAGGCUAGGAAUUCUAACCUGAAAAUGGUUUGAUCUUCAUGUGUAGUGUUUCAGCCAUAUCAAGGGCUUGUGUUUUUCCUUUGUGGCUUCGUGAUUGUGUAAUAUGGAAAAUAAUAGAAAGCAUGUUUGACUUUUAGUCUCAAAUCAUUCAAGAUCUUCUCUUUUACUGCCUCAAUAUAAUUAUUUGACAUUUGAUAGUUUGAUGGGUUCAGAUUACUCUUAUUAUAUGCACACUAUCUCUUAGAAUCAUGUUGCACU